GGAGAGAGAGACGGAAAGAGGGGAAAGAAAAGACGUGCGCUGAAAGAGGAAAGAAGGAGAAACCCAGGAUGCAUAUUUAAGAGGGCAAACAGGAAAGAGGUGUGCUCGAGUCAACUGAGGAGAGGCAGAAAGGGGAGUGUGAGGGGCGAGCCGGAGAGGGGAAGACUUUUGUACAACCCAAGGUUGCUUGCGUUGCGUCCUUGCCGGGCCACUCUGCUCUCCGAGACCGUAGUUAUUUCUGUCCGUUGGCGUCGGUGUGGUUUGGUAUGGAUGCCAUCAUGCUUCAAGAGAAACUGGUGGAACGCUUGCUGUGCCCACGAGUGAGAACGGCCAGACAGAAGGAGAAACAAUAUGUGGGUUUUGCAACCCUACCCAACCAGGUCCACAGGAAGUCUGUGAAGAAGGGGUUUGACUUCACUCUCAUGGUCGCAGGGGAGUCUGGUAUGGGUAAGUCCACUCUGGUCAACAGCCUGUUCCUAACAGACCUCUAUAAGGACAGGAAGCUACUCAAUGCUGAGGAGCGCAUCAACCAGACCGUGGAGAUUAUAAAGCACACAGUGGACAUUGAGGAGAAAGGAGUCAAACUCAAACUGACCAUCGUAGACACGCCGGGGUUUGGAGACGCUGUCAACAACAACGAGUGCUGGAAGCCGAUCACAGACUACAUAGACCAGCAGUUCGAGCAGUAUUUCAGAGAUGAGAGCGGGCUGAACAGGAAGAACAUCCAGGACAACAGGGUCCACUGCUGCCUCUACUUCAUACCACCAUUCGGACAUGGGUUGCGUCCUGUGGAUGUUGAGUUCAUGAAGGCACUCCAUGAAAAGGUCAACGUAGUCCCACUCAUUGCUAAAGCUGACUGCCUCACACCCAACGAGAUUAAGAAACUCAAAGACCGGAUACGAGAGGAGAUAGAAAAGUUUGGCAUCAAGGUGUACCAGUUCCCUGAGUGUGACUCUGAUGAGGAUGAAGAGUUUAAACAGCUUGACAAAGAGCUGAAGGAGUGCACCCCAUUUGCAGUAAUUGGCAGUAAUACGGUGGUGGAAGCUCGGGGGCAGAGGGUUCGAGGGCGGCUCUACCCCUGGGGUAUCGUUGAGGUGGAGAACCAGUCCCACUGUGACUUUGUCAAGCUGAGGAACAUGCUGAUUCGCUCCCACAUGCACGACCUGAAAGAUGUGACCUGUGACGUCCACUACGAGAACUACAGGGCCCAGUGCAUACAGGAGAUGACCAGUAAACUGGCUCAGGACAACCGCAUGGAGAGCCCCAUUCCCAUCCUGCCUCUGCCCACGCCUGACGCCGAGACUGAGAAGCUAAUCAAAAUGAAAGACGAGGAGUUGAAGAGGAUGCAGGAAAUGCUGAACAAGAUGCAGCAGCAAAUGCACGAGAAGGAUCAGUGACGACUUCCAGAGCCAGCCUGUGUUACGGUUCCACCUGCUGUCUGAACCAUGAAGUACAAUCUGAUUCGCAGACAAUAGUAAACGCAACAUGGAUAUAUUGUGAUAGUGGCAACUCUGGCUGUAAGGUUUUCUAUUUGGUGCUUUGUAUAUUUUGUCUGCCCGGAGGAUCAUGUUGUUGGAGGGUGUUUUCUGUCUGAACUUUUCCUUUUGCCCAUUUUGAGCCCCCUGCUGUGGUUAACGGUUUUAACAUAUAUAAUAUAAAUGUGUAAUUUAAUAAUUGCUACUCAGUGUACCUAAUUUAUAAAUGCAAUGCUAACCUUUUUGGAUAUUCUGUCAGGGUAUAAAUAUGCGUGCUACGAACGCAGCUGAGGUUGUUGGCGAGAUUUGUCGAACAAAGAUAUUGUUUUUUUUUUAUUAAUGUGUGUGUAUGUGUGUGCGUGUGCGCGUGCACACGAGUGUGGUUUUGUGCGUGCGCGUGUUUGUGUAUCUUUCAUGAAACACCCUCUUUAGAUAUUGUCAUAUAUAUUGCUAGAUAUCCGUCCAUGAAAGUCCCCCGGUCUAUAUUGAGGUACUACCAUGAGUUUGCUUUUGUUUAAAUGCAAAGAAAAAAAGAAGUAAAUUCCAGUUUCUCUUGUUUAUUUGGUGUGUAAUCAUCAUAAAUAUCGUUCUAUUCUGUUGGCCAACAUUUUUUAUUAAGGCUACUGAACAUGAUUUGUUUCCUCCGACAUUUUUACAUAGGCUGUCUCAGUUGAAAAUGCACUUAUUGCCAGUGGUGAACUGUGAAUGGGGGGUCUCUGAGGGAACGAGAGGGCCGGUACCGUACAUGGUGCACGUGCAAGCAUGCUGCAGUUUCUCAAAGCCGCUUAUAGUUGUGGGCCUAUUUUCACUGCCUCGUAGCUGAUGCCCUGUGUUCGUCCAGAAAUGCGUUAUGACCUAUGCCUUGUUACCACUAACGGAUGGAGAAAAUACUAAAUGAACACUUUGUUCCAGAUGACAUUUCUCUAUUUGGGAAAAAUGUUAUGUGAUGCAUUUUGUAAGUGUGUGUGUGUGUGUGUGUGUGUUUGUAUGUGUGUGUUGAGUGCGCGCAUGCAGGAGCGAGUGUGUAUAGGCUCUCCUGUGAUUGAGGCGGUGUUAUAAGGCUGUGAUCUCCAUCUGCCUGAGCUGUGAUAUCAGUCUGAGGGCUUUGUAGACAGGGAACGAGUGCCCCGGUGAUGAUAGUAUGACAAAUAAACAGACU